CAAAAGAAAAAAAAAAGAUGGCGUCUAACGAAACAAUCCAAUUUCAACAUUUUCUCGAGUGUGACGUAUGCAAAAAUCCAGCCACGUUCUUCUGCAGACGAUGCGUGACCAACCUCUGUGAUGCAUGUGUUCCAACACAUCUGCGUGUUAAAUCAAAGAACGUACAUGACGUUGUGGACAAUGUUAAUAAAGAUGAUGACGAAACUUGUACCUGCGACUCCCAUCCACAAGAAGAAUGCUGCACUUACUGCAAAACAUGUGAAACCCCGAUAUGUUUAGUCUGUGUAUCUAUCAAACACAAGUCACAUGAAAUGUCUGAGCUGUCCGAGAAAAUUGAAGAUCUAAUGAAAGUCAUCAUGUGUGAAAAUGAGCGACUUCAAUCAUUCAAGACUGAACUUGAGAAAAUUCUUGAUCACACUACAAAAAGACUGUUUUCGCUCUCUAAGAUUUACCGACAGAGAAAGGAGGAAGUGACAGCAAGGGGAGAAGAAUGGCAGAAACACAUUGAGGAACUAGUGAAGAAUUUACACAAGGAACUGGAUGAAAUGCAGAAGGAGCACGAUUCAGUGCUCCAGAAGCAGAAGGAUGAAUGUGAAAAAAUUUUGGCAGAGAUUGAUAUAAUUAAUAAGAAAACGAUGAAAUUCAAAAAAUCAAAGAAUGUUGAGGAAAUGAAAAAAAUUAUACCAAUGAUUGAAAAACAGACAACUGGAUCAAAUUUUGCAGAGUGGUCAUUUCCAGUUUUUUGUGAAUCUAAAAUAGAAGAAAACGUUUUAAAAACUUAUUUUGGCUACAUUGAAAGAAUGAGAGAAAGGAAGAUCUCUGUUCAGAAGUUGAUGGUUAACCCUGUUGACAAUAUUUUGAGUUGCAAAAAAAUAAUUCCACCAAAAGUUAUCGCAACUAUAGAGACCGGGUUUGUUGAAGAUGAAAAUAAAUAUCGCCUUUUUGACAUGGCUGUUACCAGGGAUAAAAAAGUGUGGAUCAGUGGAACGAAUGGUGAACUGAAAUUGUUUGAUCUCCAGGGAAUUCUCCAUAAAACUAUCCGCAUCUCCGUAUUAUGCACAAACAUAACUGUAUACAAAACAGAAGUGGUCUUCUCUGCAACAGCAGCAUUGAAGAAAAUAUCCAACUACAACACAGAAGUGACAUUAUUUAAAACCGGGGACUGGAAUCCGUUUGGAAUCACGACUACCAUGUCUGAUGACCUAUUAGUCUGUCUCUGUAAAGACAAUCAGUCCAAAGUCGUGCGAUACAGUGCCACUGGUACCGUGCUCCAGGAAAUCCAGUUCGACUCGCAGUCUCAGCCUUUGUAUAAUAAAAUAAAUUACAUAGCAGAGAAUGUUAAUGGAGAUAUCAUUGUAGCUGACUGGGGGAAAGGGGCUCUUAUUGCUGUCAAUAAAUUGGGAUUAUUUUGUUUUUCUUGCGCGGGCAAUGAAAAUAUUUUUCAUGUUUGUGGAAUCACCACCGAUCCCAUCGGUCACAUCAUUGUUACUGACUACAUUGGCGACAAGAUACAUAUGCUGGACAUGGAAGGACAAUUCUUAAGAUACAUUAUUUUAGAUCAAGGGAUUCAAAGACCAUGUGCGUUGUGCAUCGUCAAUGAUGGGGAGAUGAUUGUCGGAGAAAGUAUGAAUGGUACUGUGAAAAGAAUAAAAUAUAUGGAAUAAUAAAAAAAGACCUAAUCUUGCUAAUUAUACCCCACGCAACAAGUUGCGGGGGGUAUAAUGUUUUUGACCCGUCCGUCAGUCAGUCAGUCAGUCAGUCAGUGUGUCAGUCAGUCAGUCAGUCCGUCAGUCCUGUUUUUUUGU